CAGCGGAGUGAAGGCCUGCGACCCUUCAGUGGAGUCUCUGAUCCGCCCUACGUCGAGCCUAAGAAGACUUCUGCACGUGGUCCAGGUCAAUAGUGAGGUAGAGUAUCUUGACGUGUAUGAGCUUGUGGCCCAGCGCGAAAAGAAGAAGGCAGCGCGAAGAGGAGAAGCAAACCGGUCUACUACAAGCCAGAGCUCACGAGAGAAUAGUCAUGCGCGUCAUAAAGCUCGAAAUCGGCUGCGUGGCAGGGGGACCCCAGGCAGGACGCUGGCAGAGGCAAAGCAGCUAUUGUCUUCGUCGGAGGAGACGUCAGCGAGUUCGUCCGAACAGAGUGGCUCGCUCUUGGAAAUGCCCAGAAAACUCCCAGACCGACUCGAAAAGAACCAAGCGACUCCGG